AUGGCUCCCAUACCAGUUCAUACUGCCUCGCCAAUCAACACCCACCUGCCCUCGAAUCCUUUCGGCGUUUCCUCACCUAGCGCUGCGGCAGGUCGAUAUACACCGAUUGACAAUGAAGGGAGGCCGACCUCUACAGAGCCUUCCGAUUCCUCGUUCUUGCAGCAGUCUGCUCGACCCGGCGCACCAGCAGUCCCGCAGCCAACCAACACACUAGCGAGCAGUUACAACAGUAGAUACGAAGCGACACCCAUUUCAAACAGCGCCGCAAUCAUAUCGGACUACAGCCCUCCACCACCGCAGCCAGGCGCAGUCCCUUCGCCAUACACCAGUCCUUCACCACGCCCAACCGUACCCGUUCCACCACGUCCGCUCGAAAUCCCCCGGCACCAACAAUGGAUGCCACCGCACACGUCACCACAGCGCCGGACUCUCGUCCCUGCACCAGCACAAACUCCCACACCCUCCCACCCGCUGCCUGUCCAUCCCCCCUCAUCCACCAUCUACACGCCAUACACACCUACCCGCUCCAUCCCGCCUGCAGGCGUAAGUUCCAUCGACACAAGCCCCAGUUACAGCUACCUGCAACAUCAGGACCUCUCUCAUCCGCCGGGUUACCAACAAGACCACCACCGCUCCUUCGACGACAAACCCAUUGAAUCAUGCCGAGAGAACGAUUACCGCGCUACCCUUUCCCCACUGUUAUACUCGAAAAGAGGCGGCAUUUUGGAUGGAGAAUGGGGGAUCGGCUCGUCGAACAAUGGUGAUUCGAAUAGUACUGUGGUAAAGACGGCCAUGUCGUGGGCGAAAGCUGCGGGCAAAAGACUGAGUGAGACGGAACGCCAGAUUUGGAAGCACAUCAAUGGAGACGAUGAUACUUGA